AUGGCUGGAAAUCAAAUGCAUAACAUGACGACUCUCAUUAAGAGGCUUGAGGCAGCAACCUCUCGCCUCGAGGAUAUGGCAAUGUCGUUCGAAGGAGCAAGCCAAGCGAACCACGUCAACAACAUCGCAACUACUACACAACAAACGGCCAUAGAGCCUUCGAAGCAAGCCCCUUCGCUGCCUACCCCGGUACCCGAGCCUGAUCCACCACAAAUUGAGGACUUUGAUGCCCUAAUCAAAAGCGACGUUCAAGCAUUCGUUGAUCUUGGAAAGCAGAUUGGGGGACUGGUUGGAGAUCAGGCCGAGGCAGUUCUUCAAGCAUUCCAAGCCGAACGUACCUUUCUUCUCGUGACCACCAAAGCAAAGAGACCAGACCCCUUGGCGCCGGAACUAAUGACCGAACUUCAUAAGGCAUCUGAUACUAUCAAUAAUAUUCGCGAGUCCAACAGAAGCUCCCCAUUUUUCGACCAUUUAAGCGCUGUUGCCGAGGGUAUUGUUGCGCUGGGUUGGUUUUUCGAGCUCAAGCCGGCGAACUUCGUCAAUGACAUGCUGGGUGGAAUACAGUAUUAUGGUAACAAGGUCUUGAAGCAGUACAAAGACAAGGAGCCACUACAUGUUCAGUAUAUUCAAGCAUACUACAAGGUCUUCAGAUCGCUUUCUGCCUACCUCAACAAUCACUAUCGGACUGGCUUGACGUGGAACAACCAGAGCAACUUUGAUGCAUUGGAUGCAUUGAAACAGAUACAAUCUGGCUCUAUCAAAACUGCACCUCCUGCCCCUGCACCAGCCGCUGGUGCACCACCACCACCACCACCUCCACCACCACCACCCCCUCCGCCGCCGCCGCCGCCGCCAGCUGACCUUGGCGCCCCUUCUUCGCAGCCAAAGCAAGGCGACAUGAAUGCGGUCUUUGCUCAAUUGAACCAGGGUGACGCCAUCACAUCCGGUCUCCGUAAGGUAGACAAGUCUCAGAUGACACACAAGAACCCCAGUCUCCGAGCGGGAUCUACCGUACCCGAGCGAUCCGACUCUCAAAGCAGCUUAGGUUCACCCAUAAGCCGCGGAAAGUCACCUGCACCUGGCAAGAAGCCCAAGCCCGAAAGCAUGCGAGCCAAGAAACCUCCCCGAAAGGACCUAGAGGGCAGCAAAUGGUACGUGGAGCAUUUCGACAAUUCCUCUGAAGUGGUUGAAAUCAACGCCCAACAAAAUCAAUCCAUCCUCAUUUCCCGUUGCAACAAGACCAUCGUUAAAGUGAACGGUAAAGCCAACGCAAUCUCAAUUGAUAACUGCACCGGCCUCUCUAUCAUUGUUGAGUCGCUGGUUAGUAGCUUGGAAGUCAUCAAGUCCGCGAAAUUUGCGUUACAGGUUGAUGGUGUCGUGCCUACUCUGCUUUUGGACCAGGUUGAUGGUGCAACGGUCUAUCUGUCUCCUUCAAGCAUCAAUUUGGAGGUGUUCAGUAGCAAGACUACCGGAACGAAUAUCUUGUUACCGCCCAAGGAAGGCACUGAUGGUGAUACCAAGGAGUGUCCUCUUCCAGAACAGAUUAAGAGUUACGUCAAGGAUGGUGUGCUUGUCAGCGAAAUUGUUGAACAUGCUGGUUAG